AUGUCUCCCCUGAACCCAAUGGCUAAACUCUUUGCAAGUUGGUAUCAACCAGUACAUGUCAAUGAACCAGCCUCUCCAACAGAAGUUUCAAGUCAAAGCACCAAGAAGCAACAGUCCAAAUUUCCCUUCAAGAAAUUUAAAAGUGUUUCAAAUCAUCUUAAGAGUGGAGGUGAAGAAAGGCAGAAACAACAACAAGAACAAUUGGCAUCCAAGUCAGCCCAUGAGGUUUCAUCAUCCCAAGCAUCCGAAUUGGACAGUAUCACUGUGCUUUCACGAGCCAUUCCCGAAUACAAUCUUUCACAAUUUCGAUUUGGAGGUGUUUCGUCUGAAAGCCUAUCCGUACACACAUCGGAUAAGGCUGAAUUGACCAAUUCUGGAGAUGAAUGGUCUCUCAUGAUCAUCAGCAACCAACCUUUAACUUCUCAAACCAGGGUGGAAAACAUUUUCAAAUUUCCUUCUUCAACAUGUUGUUGUGAAAAUCCCUUGGAUCGCAUACUGAUGCUUGCAGAUAGAGUAAAGGACAAAGAACAUGUGUGUCUCAAUCGAGAUGGCUUUCAAGCGAGUGACUCAAUCUCCAAUAGCAGCUCCUUUUCAUCUUCAGAAGGGGUAGAGAAUUCCAAUACUUGUUGUAAGGAAAUGGUGGACACUACGCCAACGUUCUUGGAGGAAGACUUGCCAAUUGAUAAGCUCUUCAAAUCCAGAACUCGAGUGAGCAAGAAGAGACACACUUCGAAAAGAAAGAAUUCUUCAUCCUUAAAAGAAAUUGAUUUUUUCACCUUUUUAUCCAUGGAAGGUAACAAUAUUCAAGGCAGACGACCUUCAGUAGUGAUUGUUCAAACAGCAGUAGAUAGAAGAGUCUCCAUUGUCGAAGAAUAUGUUGACUAG